UCUCCUUCCUGCCCCUAUUACUUUCACCUCUAACCUCUAAAAUCAACAACAAAUCACAACCCACACAGCUUCAGUAGACAACAACAAAUCACAACCCACACAGCACAGCUUCAGAAGACAACCCAAUGGUUAAUUCAUGAUGUCUGUAACACCAUCAUCUUCCAAACCUCCCGAUCCUCGCUGGGAUUACGACGUCUACCUGUCUUUCAUAGGUGACGAAACCAGUUAUGAUUUCAUGUAUUACCUCUUCGGCGGCUUGGAGAGAAACGGAGUUGUCACCUUCCGAGAGCGUCCUCCUGGAGGAGAGAACAUCCCCACCUUAAUGCUCAAAGCAAUUCAAAGAUCAAGAAUUUUCAUCGUGGUUCUUUCUCAAGGCUAUGUUUGUUCUGAAUAUUGCCUAAAUGAGCUUGUAGAGAUCGUGCACCGUAGGAAUAUCAUAGACCACAUUUUUUUCCCCAUCUUGUAUCAAUUGGGCCCUUCGGAUGUCCAAAAAAGGAUCGAGACUUUGGAGGAGGUAUUCCCGAGGUCUGAAGAGCAGUUUGGGACCGGUGUGGAUCAGUAUGAUCAGAGGAUGCAGGGAUGGAGAGCAGCUCUCACUGAAGUUAUGAAUUCAUCCGACCAGAUACUCCAUGAUGAUGCAAAUGGGUCUAUGGGAAUCCUCAAGUCUGUUGAAGAAGUUUUGGAUGCAGUUUGUACUCGCUUGAACAUUCCCAGAAACACACUAAGAAUGGAUUCUUGUGUUGAAAUGAUGACUGAUUUCUUACAUCUUGAAACAAGUGAGAUUUACAUUGUGGGCAUGUCUUGUAUGGAUGAAAUACUUAAAGAAACCCUAAUAGGAGUUGUCUAUAGUCAAAUAUAUCAUGGAUUUGAAAGAACAAGUCUUAUAUUAGACAUUACAGAAAUUUCAAAAGAGCCCAAUGGUUUGGUCCAUUUACAAGAACAACUUCUUGGUGAUAUCGUGGGAAUGAAUCAAGUCAAUAUUAACAAUGCUGACGAAGGAAUCAGAUUGAUUAAGGAAGCAAUUCAGGGCAAAAGAGUUCUUAUUGUUCUUGAUAAUGUGGAUGAGUUGAAACAACUACACACAUUAAUUGGAAACUCCAAAUGUUUUGGUCCGGGAAGUAAAGUGAUAGCAGUAUCGAGAGAAAACCAGUUGCGAGCUGAACUUGAAGCACAUGGAAUAUAUGAUGUUGAAGAUUUGCCUGAAUGGAAAUCUCCUCAACUUUUCAUUUGGCGCGCCUCCAUGAUGGCCCAUCGAGCAGUACAGCUUGCGCGUGUCGUGUGUUACGACGCUUACGGCCUCCACUACGUACAGCAAAGUAUUUUCGACCCGCCAAUAAAGUUGUUAUCUGCAGGAUUGGAGGUGGAACCGUGGAAGAGUGAUCUUAUUUCCAUUUUAAGCAAGCUAAUUAAAGUUUAGCACAUUCCAUUUUCUUGAGGUAAAUGACUCUUUCAUUUCCCAUCAUAAGCUUCCAUCCCUAUUUCAUUUACCCAUAAACUCUAGUUUGGUGCAACUCGGACCCCUAUUUUGCAGUUUUGGUGUUAAUUAACGUCAUCUAUCUAAAUCAACAUUAAGUUGGACAGAAUAAUUUGUGAAAUGACUACGAUUUUACUUACAAAAAAGAGAAAAAAGAAGUAUUAGGCCACAAGGUUGAUCAUUGUGAAG